CCUUUAAAUUUGUUUGAAGGAGAACCCGAUUUGGGUUGUCCACGGGAACCCAAAUUGGAUUGUCCAAGAGAACCCACGGGUUCUCUUGGAGGAGGAUGAUGGAGGAGAGAGAAAAAAAAGAGGAAGGAAAGAGGAAAAAAAUAAUGAAUUUUUAUAAAUUUUGGAUGAGGAUGGAGGUGAGGAGCAAGAUGGAUUUGGUUGGUGAGAACUGUGAACAGCAAGAAGGAAAAAGGAAAGGAGAGAAAGAAAGGGUUGGUGCUACAUGCAAAAAAAAAAAAGAAAUUGAAAAAUUCAAGAAGAAGAAAGAAGGGACUCAAUUAAAGAAAUUAAAAGUUGGAGGGAGGGGACGGACGGAAUCUCCUUCAAAAGCCAACCCUAGCCUUCUCUCUCUUCCAAAAUCGGCAACAUGCCAAGAAGAAGGAAGAGGGCUGCAGAGCAGAAAAACAGAAAAGGGGAAAGAUCUCCUGCCCUGCGCACCUGCACCAGCCUGCGCCCCUGCCCCCUGCCUUGCACCCUCUGCUGCGCCUUGUCCCUGCGCCUGCACCGAGCCCGCGCCUAGAUCCCCUUUGCUCUGCGCCGUUGACCUUGCUUGCUGCACCGAGCACGCGACCCUGCUUGCUGCAAUCCGCUGCACCAGCCCCUGCACUGGCCCUGCAUCAGCCUGUGCCCCUGCACAGGCCCUGCACCAGCCCUGCACUUUCCUCUUUUGCGCCCCUGCGCCUCAAAACCCCUCUGCCCUGCGCGCCUGCAGCAAUCUCGCGCCCUGCAUCGGCCUUGCGUCACGUCCCCUGGUGGCUGCAAUCCCCUGCACCAGCCCAGCCCGUGCCUGCUCAAGAAACAAACAAAAAAAAAGAGGGGCUUUCGUCCUUUGCUUUCCCUGCAGAAAUCAGCAGCCCGAGUUCAAAUUUUUGGUGAAUCAACGGCAAAAAAAAGGGGGGCAGGAUUGGAAUGCUAAAAAAAAGGGAUCUCUGCCAUUUGCUCGGGUAUAAGUAGAGAGUUGUGGGUUAGGAAUAGCGGGGGUUUUUUCUCUUUGGUUGGUUGUUCUCUCGGUCUGAGUUUGGGGUUUUGCUUGAGAACAGCGGGAGGAUUACUGAGCUGAGCAAGAUUGUGCAUUUUUUUUGGGUUUUCAUCUUAGGUAUUUUCCUGCAACAGAGGAGUCCUUUUGGGAGGCAGUGAAGGGGAUGAUCUAGACUUGAUCUCGUGGGAGGGAUCCGCCAGAUCGGACUCCGAUCUGUUACCCAGAAAACUCCGCCGUGUUUGUUUCUUUUUUUUUUUUUUGUUUCUAUUAUCUGCCUUCUUGGUGUUAAGUUUGUAAACGUUUAUCUGAAAAUGAAUGAGAAUCUAAGUU